CAGGAGCUGUUGGCCAGAUGCUGCUGGAUGCUGUCAGGGGAAAGCUGAUUCGGAGACAAGCGGCCAGAAAUGUUUGGACACGUCGUCAUUUUGCAUCUAGCAUCUGAGUGAGUGUCCCUGCUUCAUGAGGCUUCAAAUUUGAGCCCAGGCUGGUAACCCGCUUUCGGAGCUGCAGAGGUGGGAGGAUGUCGAGCACAGCUCCAUCAAAGAAGCCUUACCGCAAGGCACCCCCACAGCAUCGUGAGAUCCGCCAUGAGGUACCCAUCAUUCGUGAUGACCAGGACGGAGUGAUCUUGGCCGAGCAGAGUCAGGAACCCUUGACGGAUGCAGAAAGGAUGAAGCUACUACAGCAUGAGAAUGAGGAGCUGCGCCGACGGCUGACAUAUGUGACUAACAAAAUGGAGGCAAUGGAGAGGGAGCUGGAGUCAGGUCAGGACUACCUGGAGAUGGAGUUGGGCCAGAACCGUGAGGAGCUGGAGAAAUUCAAGGACAAAUUCCGUAGGUUGCAAAACAGCUACACUGCUUCCCAGAGAACCAACCAAGACCUGGAGGAGAAGCUGCAUGCCCUGAUUAAAAAGGCAGAGAUGGACCGCAAGACGCUGGACUGGGAAAUUGUAGAGCUCACUAAUAAAUUGCUUGAUGCCAAAACCACCAUCAAUAAGCUGGAGGAACUCAAUGAACGCUAUCGACAGGAUUGUAAUCUUGCAGUACAGCUGCUCAAGUGUAACAAGUCCCACUUCAGGAACCACAAGUUUGCUGAUCUUCCCUAUGAGCUGCAGGACAUGGUCAAUAAGCAUUUGCACAGCACUCAGGAGUCCUCAGGCCCUGGUCAAGAGGCAACUCACACCUUGGCCCCGUCUGAUGUUGUGCCCACCUCAGUCAUUGCCAGAGUCUUGGAGAAACCAGAAUCUCUGGUUCUGAAUUCAGCCAAGUCUAGCAGCGGCAGCUGUCCCAUGGCUGAGGAUGUCUUUGUGCAUGUGGACAUGAGUGGAGCUCCUCCUGAUGCCUGCAACAGCGCAGGGCAGGUGGGGAAGGAGGGAGGAGAUGCGAGGAAACAGCAGAACGGUGGCUGCAAGCCACAGAGCAGUGUGGAAAGCGUGCCAGAGGAGGUGCCUGCCUUUGAGAAGCUAAGUCCGUACCCUACACCCUCACCUCCCCAUCCUAUGUACCCUGGGCGCAAAGUGAUUGAGUUCUCAGAGGACAAGGUAAGGAUCCCAAAGAACAGCCCUCUGCCCAACUGUACAUACGCUACACGCCAGGCCAUCUCCCUCAGCCUGGUACAGAGUGAAGAUGAGAGCUGUGACAGGCACCAGACGCUCCCCAACAGCCCUGCUUCAGAAGGGCACCGUUCGGCCUCCAGCUGUUCCUGUCAGCAGUCCCCCAAAGCAGCCAGGGCUCAUGGCUCCUCCCAGAGCAGCCCAUUCAGCAGCCCUCCCCAAAUCCCGAGCGCCUUUGCCAGCUCUGCCAGCUCUGAGGAGGACCUGCUGGCCAACUGGCAGCGUAUGUUUGUAGACAAGGCACCCCCCACCUCAGAGCGGGUGCUGAUGAACCGCACAGCCUUCAGCCGUGACACAGCACCUGAGCUCCAGAAGAGGUUUAGCCGCUCCAUGCAGGAGCUGGGUAGAGCAACCUCGGCUUACUCGGAUGGUGAGGAGUCUGCGCAGAGCUGCAGCUGGACCAUGAGCCGGGACUCGAGUGUGGACACAGACAGCACUGAGUCCAGAGCCCGCAGGAGCCAUUUCUCCUCAGACUAUGGUACAGAUUUCUCCCAGGAUGAAGCCCAGAAGCUGUUACAGGGAAGCGGUGGAGGCACUGGUGAGCCUGGAAGCCCCUCACCAGAGAAGCACAAGGACUAUGUGGACCUUGGUUUGCCUGAGAGCCCAGCUGAGGAGAGAGAAAUGUUGCUUCAUGGAAGCAAGGAGAGCAACCAAGGAGGUGCCCAAGAGGAAAGUGGAGAAAGCAGGAUCAAGCCUCCCUUCAGUCGGCCACACCGCAGCCCCAAGAGGAUGGGCGUCCACCACUUACAUCGCAAGGACAGUUUGACACAAGCUCAGGAGCAGGGCAACCUUCUCAGCUGA